AUGUUCAGGGACACAUUUACUUUCACCCCUUCGACACUCCGUUCGUUAAGGUUACGGAGGGAGCUGCAGAAUUUGGAGGAUGAAAGGAGAGCUUCGUACAGGUCUCCCAGAAACAGACAAACUGCUGCUCUCAGCCAAAGUGUAUUCAGGGAAUCGAGAACGUUGUCACAGCUCUCCAGCGAUUCUGCCGUCCGCGACGCUUUGUGCGAUGGAGAUCUGGACAAGAUCCGAGCCGUCUUCCACAGUAAAGAGGCGGCCAACGCGACUAUACAGACAGUCAGCCAUGAACUGAGCUGGUCGGCUGAGCUAGGUCUUUGGUCACUGAUCUCCAAACAGAAGCAGACGUCUGCACUUCAUAUCACUGCAGAGCGAGGGCACACAGCUUGUGUGAAGCACCUGUUAGAACAUGGCGCUGAUGUAAAUGCUGCCCCUGGAGGAGCAACUGCCUUGCAUACUGCCUGUGCCAAUGGACACACUGAAUGCACCCAACUUUUGCUCAAUAUUGGUGCUAAUCCCAAUGCAAUCUCUGAAGAAGGGUAUGCUCCUUUGCACCUGUGCACCAGUCCCCAGACCUUUCUGUGUGCUAAACUCCUGCUGGAACAUAAUGCCAGAGUUAAUAUGCAGACCAAAGACAGAGAGAAUACGCCACUUCACAUAGCUGCAAAACAUGGUUUAGACAAACAUGUGGACCUUUAUCUGAACUAUUGUGCCUACAGUCACAAGAAGAACCGAGAAGGUGAAACUGCACUAAAUACUGCCUGCUCAUAUGCUGACAAGCCUGAGACUUUUGGCAGAUAUUACAGAGUCUGUAAAAUGCUGAUUAAUUCUGGAGCCAAUGUGAAAACUGCUGGGAAAAAAAAUCACACACCACUCCACAAUGCCUGUGGGAAUGGGCAUCCCGAUAUUGUAGAUCUUUUGCUGCUGCAUGGUGCCUCUGUAAAUGCCAAGAACUGUGCUGGCUACACUCCAAUGGACUGUAUUUUACAGGCUGUCGAAGAUCAUCUGGAACAGCAUCCUGAGCGAAUUGUCGUAGCUCUGUUGAAUCAUGGUGCAGGUCCAGUUGACCCUAAGAUGCUUAAACAAUGUGCAAUGUCUCCUUGGACAAUGGAAGCUCUGUUAAAUACCUAUGAGAGUAUUCCACUUUGUGACACUUGGAUUGAGGCAGUAUCCCUUGAUGUGUGGCAGAAAUAUCAAGUAUUCUAUGAAUCCAUUAUACAAAUGACCAACAAACCUCGUUCUCUUCAACAUCUUGCACGCUGUGCCUUAAGGAACUAUCUUGGAACUAGAUGCCAUUCAGUCAUACCACAACUACAACUUCCAAAUAGCUUUGCAGAAUUUUUACUCUUGAAAUUUGAAGGUUAUAUCAAAUGA